AUGUCAUCAUCAGCCAAGAAUGAGAAAGCUGAGACGAUAUUGAAGAAGUAUUCUCAGUCUCCUAGCAUAAUAAGUGUGGUUGAGAUGCACAGUGGAGGUGAUCCUAUGAGAAUCGUCUUUGAUGGCUUCCCAGAAAUUAAAGGAGAUACCAUCCUACAAAAGUUACACUAUGCUAAGUCACACUUUGCCAUUGAUUUUCAACUUGUUAGUCCCACAGAACCGGAGACGUUGAUCAAUAUUCAGGCGCCCUGUGGAUUAGUGAAGACGCAUGUAGAAUAUAAAAAUGGCAAAACUGGUGCCACCAGAUUCCAAAGUGUGCCAGCAUUUGUCUUCGCUACAGAUGUAGAGGUUGACAUUGCAGGACAUGGCAAGGUCAAAGUUGACAUUGCAUAUGGCGGUUGUUACUUUGCAUUUGUGCCUGCACAUUCCUUCAGAUUGGAUUUGCAAAAAUCAAACCACAAUGAUAUGAUAAAGGUCUAUAAAGAGAUAAGAGAUUUGCUUACAAAACAAGUGAGUCUUGAACAUCCAGAGAGUAACGAUGAAGAGGUUCUAAAGAUUAGUGGCGUUAUUUUUACUGACGGGAAUGACGAAUUCUGUAACGAGCCAACUGUACAUACAUGUGCUUAUGGAAAGUCACAAAUUUGCCGUGCUCCAUGCGGGAGCGGCACUAUCGCACAUACCGCCUUGCAAUACUAUAAAGGUCAAAUCAGUGUAGGCCAAGUGAGGACAUUCAUGAGUGGUGUAACUGGUAGCAAGUUUAUGAGUACGGUCGUCAGGGAGACCAAAUAUGGAAAGUAUGAUGCUGUGAUAGUCGAGUUGUCAGGUAACGGAUAUUAUACAGGAAUGGCAAACUACAUGGUGGAAAACGAAGACAAAUUGAAAGACGGAUUUAACAUUAUCUAG